AUGGUCGUUGAUCAACAGACAGUUAAGCACCUCGUCGAUAAUGGACACGUCAUCUCCGACAAAGAAGUCUCUGAGAUCGCCCAGGACGAGAAGGCCUUGACUGGCAACCCUGUCCCUGCUGCUGGUGUUCUUGCAGGUACCUCGAUCUUCUACGAUUUGACCUUCCGGCCUUCAUCUAACCCAUUCUUUACAGCUACCGCCCAAAGCCUUCGUGACAAGCAGCAGAACUUCUCCACCGAGGAGGCUGAGAUCGAGAAGAAGCCACAGUCGGACAUCACCAAGGACGACGCCAAGGACAUUCAGUCAGCCGAGUCCAUUGCCAACAAGAACGAGAAGCCUCUUCAGUCAGAGGUCAAGGAUAGCGUUGAGAAAUACAAACUCUCUGCACCUUAUCUAGACAAGGCAUUCAUACUCAUGGUUUACACCGUGAAACGGUUCCGCUAA